AUGGAGGAGGUGGCUGGGAAUGCCCUGUGUGUGCGCUUUGAGGCCAACAUGCUUGCCCAGAACUGCUGUCAAAACUGCUUCCGCCCUGAGGAGGCCCACGGAACAAGGAGCGAGGAGCUCGGGAGCCCUCCAAGUGCCGAGGCGCCCUACUGCGAUCUGCCCCGAUGCCCACCUGCCCCUGAGGACCCGCUCAGCGCCUCGACUUCUGGCUGCCAGUCUGUGGGGGUCCCAGGCCUCAGGCCGAGGCCAAAGAGGGGCCCAACCCCACCAGCCGGGUUCCCUGAAGAGGGCCCCGCAGCCGCCCCUGGGAACAGGAACCAGGAGCUCGCGGCAGUGCCCUAUCUGGAGGGCUUGACCUCCUCCCCGUGUGGCAGCUGCGACGAGGGCCCCGACUCUGACCCCAGCUCCAGUCCUGACUGCGACACCCCUGAUGAUCCCAGCAACUCGUCCUCUGUGGACUGGGACACUGUUGAGAGACAGGAGGAGACCCCCAGCUGGGAUAAGCACACCGUGAUGAUCCCGCGGAGGACCCAGGAGGGACCUAGGACUGACGGUGCCCGAAGGGCUGCAUCUGUCCUCACCAGGUCCCCCGCAGGAGGAGACACCGCAGGUCAGAGAAAGGAGGAUGCCGGCAAUGGGGGCCAGAGUGCAGGCCAGCACUGGGCUAAGCUCCGGGGAGAAAGUGGGUACUUCUCCUUGGAGCGGCACCGGGCAGCACUAACCCAGGCUUCCUCCACCACACCGCAGACUGGACCUCGAAGCGCCUCUACCCAAAGGGACACCGCCCAGGCCGCCUCCACACAGCGUGACGCUCCCCGAGCCUCCUCUCCCCCCCGAACCACUCAAAGGGACAACGCCAGGACAUCAUCCACCCAACGGGACACGCCCAGGGCCUCAUCCACACAGCGGAACACCUCCAGAUCUUCCUCUCCCUCCAGAGGCCCCCAGCGGGAUCACCCCAGAGCCUCUUCCACCCAGCGAAACAGUCUUCAACUUUCCUCUCCCCCCAGGGCCACCCAGCAAGACAACCCCAGGACUGCUUCUACCCAACAGGACAACCUCCAAACUUCUAUUCCUACUUGUGCUCCUCAGCGGGACAACCCGAGAACAACCUGUGCCCAACGGGACAACCCCAGAGCCUCCUCUCCCAACAGAGCUACACAACGGAACAACCCUAUAUCUUCCUCUCCCAACAAAGCCUCCCAACAGGAUAACCCCAGAUCCUCCUCUCCCAACAGAGCCUCCCAGCGGGACAACUCCAGAACAUCCUGUGCUCAACGGAACAACCCCAGAUCCUCCUCUCCCAACAAAGCUUCCCAACGGGAUAACCCCAGAGCCUCUUCUCCUAACAGAGCCACCCAACGGGACAACUCCAGGACAUCCUGUGCCCAACGGAACAACCCCAGAUCCUCCUCUCCCAACAAAGCCUCCCAACAGGGUAACCCCGGAGCCUCUUCUCCUAACAGAGUCACCCAACAGGACAACUCCAGGACAUCCUGUGCCCAACGGGACAACCCCAGAUCCUCCUCUCCCAACAAAGCCUCCCAACAGGGUAACCCCAGAGCCUCUUCUCCUAACAGAGCCACCCAGCGGGACAACUCCAGGACAUCCUGUGCCCAACGGGACAACCCCAGAUCCUCCUCUCCCAACAAAGCCUCCCAACAGGGUAACCCCAGAGCCUCUUCUCCUAACAGAGCCACCCAACGGGACAACUCCAGGACAUCCUGUGCCCAACAGGACAACCCCAGAUCCUCCUCUCCCAACAGAGCCUCCCAGUGGGACAACCCCAGAGCCCCUUCUCCCAACAGAGCCACCCACCGGGACAACUCCAGGACAUCCUGUGCUCAACGGAACAACCCCAGAUCCUCCUCUCCCAACAGAGCCUCCCAACAGGAUAACCCCAGAACCUCUUCUCCCAACAGAGCCACCCAACGGGACAACUCCAGGACAUCCUGUGCCCAACGGGACAACCCCGGAGCUUCCUCUCCCAACAGAACCACCCAACGGGAAAAUCCCAGAACUUCUUGUAUCCAACAGAACACCCUCAGAGCCUCUUCUACCCAACGAGACAAUCCUAGAACCUCGAGUACCAAGUGGGAUCACCUCAGAUCUGUUUGUACCCAACGGGACAACCCACACUCUGCUUCCUUUUCACGUAACAACCCUGGAACCUCCACCCCCCAAUGCUGCACCCAAAAGGACAAGCCGAGACCAUCAUCUCCCCACCGCUCCGCUCAACGGAACAAUCCCCGGAAUUCCUCUCCCCAUCGUACUAACAAAGACAUCCCCUGGGCCUCCUUUCCCCUCCGACCCACUCAGACCGACGGCCCUCGAACCUCGUCCCCAUCUCGCUCCAAGCAAAGUGAGGUUCCCUGGGCCUCGAUUGCCCUCCGGCCAACCCAAGGUGACAGGCCUCAGCCCUCAUCCCCCACCAGGCCAGCCCAGCGUGACCCACCACAGCCCUCUGGCCCCACCCAGCACAACUCGCCAUCCCGGACUGCCUCCUCCUCCCAUAACCCAGGCCACCAGAGUGCCUCUCGGACUUCUUCGCCUCUGCACCCCGCCACCAGAGGUGCUCUCCAGUCCCCUGAGCCCUCCCAGCCUCCGUGUGCCGUGUGCAUCGGGCACCGGGAUGCCCCUCGAGCCUCCUCGCCCCCUCGCUAUCUGCAGCAUGACCCCUUCCCCUUCUUCCCAGACCCUCGCGCGGCCGAGAGUGACUCGCCCCACCACGACCCCCCCUACAUGCCGCCUGCCGUGUGCAUUGGACCCCGCGAUGCCCCACGGGCGUCUUCGCCCCCCCGCCACACCCAGUUUGACCCCUUCCCCUUCCUCCCAGACACACCGGAUGCUGAGAAUCAGUCCUCUCAGCAUGAACCCCCACAGUUCCCCCCAGCUGUGUGCAUUGGGCACCGAGACGCACCCCGGGCCUCCUCCCCACCACGCCAGGCCCCAGAGCCCUCCCUCUUGUUCCAGGAUCUCCCCAGGGCCAGCACUGAGAGCCUCGUUCCUUCCACAGACUCUCUGCAUGAGCCCCUCCACAUCCCCACCCCCGUGUGCAUCGGGCACCGGGAUGCACCCUCCUUCUCGUCCCCACCACGCCAGGCUCCCGAGCCAUCCCUCUUCUUCCAGGAUCCCCCCGGGGCCAGUAUGGAGAGCCUGGCCCCCUCCACAGACUCUCUGCAUGGCUCCCCGGUGCCGACCCCCCAAGUAUGCAUCGGGCACCGGGAUGCACCUCGAGCCUCCUCCCCACCCCGCCACCCGCCCAGUGACCUAGUGCUCCUGGCACCCUCGCCUCCGCCGGGCAGCUCCGGGGGCUCCCGGGGCUCGGCGCCCCCUGGGGAGCCCAGGCACAACUUGGAGAGGGAAGAGUACACCGUGCUGGCCGACCUGCCCCCACCCAGGAGGCUGGCCCAGAGGGAGCCAGGGCCCCAGGCCCAGUGCAGCAACGGGGGCCGCACCCGCAGCCCUGGCCGUGCAGAGGUGGAGCGCCUCUUCGGGCAAGAGCGCAGGAAGUCCGAGGCAGCAGGGGCCUUCCAGGCCCGGGACGAGGGACGGUCACAGCGGCCCGGCCAAGGUCAGAGCCAACUUCGAAGACAGUCCAGCCCUGUCCCCAGCAGGCAGGUGACCAAGCCCCCUGCCAAACAGGCAGAACUGGCCCGGAAGAGCCGAGCAGAGCCCAUUCAUCCCAGAAGUCCUGAGAGGAGGCCUGAGGGGGACCGGCGGCUCCAGGGGUCCUCGCCGCCCCCCAGGACAUCAGCCAGAACCCCUGAGAGGGAGCUGCGGACAGAGAGACCUCCAGAGAGUGGCCGAGCAGGCCCAAGACAGCCUGUGAAGGGUUGGCAGAGUGAGGAGGAACUGCCAGGGUCCCAGGGACCUCAAAGACACCUGGAGAUGAGCUGGAGCAGCCAGGAGGAGGGUCUGGGCCCUGGGGGCUGGCGAGGAAGUGGUGCCCCUCCCAGGGAGUAUGGGGAGAGCUGGGGGCAGCCAGAGGCCUGGGAGGAGCCCCUCGAGAAACCAGGCCAGAGGGGCUGGGGCAGCCUGCAGGAGCUGUCCAGCCCCCACCAGCCCAUGAACCCCCCAGAGAACUGGGUGGGCCCGGCAGAGUUCUCGAAAUCCCAGAAGCCUGGGACGCCCACUGCUAUGGGCUGGGGGGCUGAGGGAGCAUGUCCACACCUGCACAGCCCUGAGCGGCAACCCGAGCUUGACUGGAGGGACUUGCUGGGCCUUCUUCGGGCACCUGGAGAGGGGGCCUGGGCCCGUCUCCCAAGGCUGGACUGGGAGGCCCUCCUGGAGCUCUUGCAGGCCCGGCUGCCCCACAAGGACCCAGCGGGACACGGGCAUGACCCGGCCAAGGCUUCAGGGCCAGAGCCGGAUGCCCUGGAGCCAGAGCCAUACAGUCAGCCUGAAGGCUUGGCCGAAGCCACCCUAGUCAAUGGACACAGCCCUGGGCACUGGCCCCAGAGCCCAGCCCAGCCACCCAGUCCUGCCAGCACCUCCGCCCAGUGGCCAAAGACCACAGUGACAAGUGGACCAGAGACCUCAAACAUGGCCAGCCUGGAGCAGAUGGGCCAGCUGGGGAGCAGGAGCCCUGGAGGGGGCCCCAGCUCACCAGAGCUGGAGUUCCAACCAGAGGAGCCCGAGGAGUCAGCGCCAAGCAGAGACCAAGACUCCCUGACUGACCAGAAGCAGGCAGACUCGGCAGACAAGAGGCCAGCAGAGGGCAAGGCUGGGAGCCCACUCAAGGGCCGACUGGUGACCUCAUGGCGGAUGCCCGGGGACCGGCCCACGCUGUUCAAUCCGUUCCUGCUGUCUCUGGGGGUCCUCAGGUGGCAAAGGCCCGAUCUGCUCAACUUCAAGAAGGGAUGGAUGUCCAUCUUGGAUGCACCCGGAGAGCCUCCCUCCCGCCCGCUCACCACCACCUCUACUCCGCAGUGGAAGAAGCAUUGGUUUGUGCUGACGGACUCAAGCCUCAAGUAUUACAGAGACUCCACCGCUGAGGAGGCAGAUGAGCUGGAUGGUGAGAUCGACCUGCGUUCUUGCACGGACGUCACUGAGUAUGCAGUGCAGCGCAACUAUGGCUUCCAGAUCCACACCAAGGACGCUGUCUAUACCUUGUCGGCCAUGACCUCAGGCAUCCGGCGGAACUGGAUCGAGGCUCUGAGGAAGACUGUGCGUCCAACUUCAGCCCCAGAUGUCACCAAGCUCUCGGACUGUAACAAGGAGAACACGCUGCACGGCUAUGGCACCCAGAAGGGACCCUUGAAGGCAGGGGAGCAGCAGGCAGGCUCCGAAGUCAUCAGCCGGGGAGCUCCUCGGAAGGUAGAUGGGCAGCGGCAGUCCCUGGACUACGUGGAGCUCUCCCCGCUGACCCAGGGCUCUCCGCAGCGAGCCCGCACCCCGGCCCGUGCUCCCGACCGCCCUGCCAAGCAGGAGGAGCUGGAGCGGGACCUGGCCCAGCGCUCCGAGGAGCGGCGCAAGUGGUUCGAGGCCACCGACAGCCGGGCGCCCGAGGUGCCUGCUGGUGAGGGACCGCGCCGGGGACUGGGCGCCCCCCUGACCGAGGACCAGCAGAGCCGGCUGAGCGAGGAGAUCGAGAAGAAGUGGCAGGAGCUGGAGAAACUGCCUCUGCGGGAGAACAGGCGGGUGCCGCUCACCGCCCUCCUCAACCAGAGCCGCGGGGAGCGCCGGGGGCCACCGAGUGACAGCCACGAGGCCCUGGAGAAGGAGGUCCAGUCUCUUCGGGCCCAGCUGGAGACAUGGCGUCUCCGAGGAGAAACUCCUCCGAACACACCCAGAUCCCAGGAGGACGGCCACGUCCCCCCAGGCUAUAUUUCCCAGGAGGCGUGUGAGCGCAGCCUGGCAGAGAUGGAGUCCUCACACCAGCAGGUGAUGGAGGAGCUGCAGCGGCACCACGAGCGGGAGCUGCAGCGGCUGCAGCAGGAGAAGGAAUGGCUCCUGGCUGAGGAGACAGCAGCUACAGCCUCAGCCAUCGAAGCCAUGAAGAAGGCCUACCAGGAAGAACUGAGCCGCGAGCUGAGCAAAACACGGAGUCUCCAGCAGGGCCCAGAUGGCCUCCGGAAGCAGCACCAGUCAGACGUGGAGGCGCUGAAGCGGGAGCUGCAGGUGCUAUCGGAGCAGUACUCGCAGAAGUGCCUGGAGAUUGGGGCGCUGACACAGCAGGCUGAGGAACGUGAGCACACACUGCGGCGCUGCCAGCAGGAGGGCCAGGAGCUGCUGCGCCACAACCAGGAGCUGCACACCCGUCUCUCAGAGGAAAUCGACCGGCUGCGCAGCUUCAUCGCCUCGCAGGGGGCAGGCAGUGGCUAUGGGCGCAGCAGUGAGCGGAGCUCCUGCGAACUGGAGGUGCUGCUACGAGUGAAGGAGAAUGAACUUCAGUACCUGAAGAAGGAGGUGCAGUGCCUCCGGGACGAGCUCCAGAUGAUGCAGAAGGACAAGCGCUUUGCCUCGGGAAAGUACCAGGACGUCUACGUGGAGUUGAACCACAUCAAGACGCGAUCAGAGCGGGAGAUCGAGCAGCUGAAAGAGCAUCUGCGCCUCGCCAUGGCAGCCCUGCAGGAGAAGGAGUCCAUGCGCAACAGCCUGGCGGAGUAGAGGUCCUCAUGGUCCAGUGCAGCUGCAAACCCUCCAGUCCAAGGGACCAGCCGCCCUCUUUCCCUGCUGGAUGGAAGUCAGAAGCCAAGCUUUCUCCCCACCCUCUGUGGGCCACACAUGUACUCACACCCACCACAUACAACACAUACGUACAUAUCUCUCUCACACACACACACACACACACACACACCCUGCGUAUCUGAGCGCGCCCCUCGCACUGGGUCUUACCUUGCACCUUCUUCAGGAUUUUAUAUGUGAAGAGAUUUUUAUAUAGAUUUUUCCUUUUUUUUCCCAAAACACUUUAUACUUUUUAAAAAAGCAAUUCCUGAUGGCCGUGUGCCUCCAGCCUCGACUCCCCUGUCUCCAGCCACUCUCUGCUUGGGCCUCUGGACCAUGAUCCUGCCCCAGGAGUCUGGCGGAGGCGCAGGCAGUAACCUGGCGGGUUGUCUCUUGGGGGAGAGGCGGGAGCCGGCCAUCCUCUUCCUACCCUACCUCCCACUAACACUUCCUGCCCUGGACAGACUCACACCCUGGGACUCGGGACAGAGGGACAGAUGGACAGAGGGAACCAGCGGCCAUCCCCACACCCACAGCCUCCUCGGAGGAGUGCUGGGCAUGGAACUGCUGGAGCCACAGUGAAGGCAUUUCCCUCCUGCUCCCCGAACCUUAACUUAAUAAAACAUUCCAGCAGC